CACCCUCUUAUAGCUUUGGAAAAGGUGUCUGAAAGUUUCUGUCCGGGGGGGACACCCUCCCCUCGUUGUGGGGAUGAACAGCGGAUGCUGAAUUUCAUUCCUGAAGGCAGGAGGAGAGCUGUGAAUACCGGCUGGAUUCACUUGCAGUGGAGCUGGUAGUGCGCACCAGAAGAGAUCAGUCUCUCACACACGCAUUUUCCAGUAGAAUACAUAUCAUUAUUUCACUGUGCCAAGGUGGAAUAUCAGGCAGAAGCCACCCAAAAGCAAAUCUCCUGAACCAGGGAAGUAAAGGGGAACGGAUUAUGUAUAGAAUCAAUGAAGGACGUCCUGUUCAAAAAAGUAAGUUCUAAUCAGAAAAGGCUUUGAAUUGGGUUCUGAUUUUGAGAGACUUGAAGGAUUUUUGCCAUUUUCUUUGUUGUGGAGCAGCACCAAGCUUCAGACAGCUCAUCUUGUGGACUAUAGGGUUCUGGAUGGUAUUUCAAGACUGAAUCUGUGUAGGCACCUAUCCACUCUCCUGGUAGGAAGCAGACAUGUUCUUUGCCUCUGUUCCAGUAUGACCCUGGAGUAAAUGACCUGUGAAUAGAGUUGCACUGGAAGUUUUCUAAAGGACUUCCUUGCUUCUGUAACGGUGUAUGAACAUCUGACAUUGGGAGCCCAGCAGAUAAAAGACCGAAAAUAGGGACGACAACAGCAAAAGUAGAGAAAAAAGAAUAGGCCAUGGCUGAGGGGAUGAUUGCUUCUGAAAGUGAUAUCGAGGGAUAAGGAACGGUGGUUGAAGGAAGGAAGCCAUUACAGAUACAUUGUAAACCCUGAUAACAUUAGGACAUGCAUUUUACAAAGAACCGUGACAGAAUGGUCGACUGUAUGAGCAAAGUCAUGCUGCACACGGUCAUCUCAUGUUGGCCACCAUUCCUGGGACUGGCCCUCGUGGCAGUCUUUGUAGGUUCCACCCUGGGAUGUCCCUCACGCUGCGAGUGUUCAGCGCAGACCAAGGCGGUUGUCUGUCACCGCAAGCGCAUGCCCAGCAUCCCGGAUGGCAUCCCUACCGAGACAAGGAUCCUGGAUCUGAGUAAGAACAAGCUGACAAUGAUCAACCCUGAUGACUUUUUUGCCUUUCCUGGGCUUGAGGAACUUGACCUAAGUGGAAAUAUUAUUAGUUAUGUUGAGCCUGGAGCUUUUAACGCCCUUUUUACCAUGCACUCACUUAGUCUCAAGAGCAAUCGUAUCAAGCUCAUUCCUCUGGGUGUCUUCACAGGCUUAACAAAUCUUACCCGACUGGAUAUAAGUGACAACAAAAUCGUCAUCCUACUGGAUUACAUGUUCCAGGACUUGCACAAUCUAAAGUUUUUGGAAGUGGGUGACAAUGAUCUGGUUUACAUUUCUCACCGUGCAUUCAGUGGACUUUUAAGCCUGGAAAUGCUAACCUUAGAAAGGUGCAACCUUACAGUUGUACCCACUGAGGCCCUUUCCCACCUGCAUAACCUGGUCAGCCUCCAUCUAAGAUACCUCAGCAUCAGCACUUUGCAUCCAUACUCAUUCAAAAAGCUGUUCCGGUUGCGGCUUUUAGAAAUUGAUUUUUGGCCUUCACUAGACCAUGUGCCAGCCAAUACCCUGCAUGGCCUCAACCUGACCGCUUUAUUCAUAACCAACACCAACUUAUCCUCCUUACCUUACCAAGCCCUGAAGCAUCUGCCCUACCUGACACACCUGAACCUGUCUUUCAACCGCAUUAGGCACAUUGAAGGAGGGAUGCUGAUGGAACUGGUUCGGCUUCAAGAGCUCCAUCUGGUUGGAGCUCAGCUCACCACCAUUGAACCAUAUGCCUUUCAGGGCCUGCGUGGACUCAAAGUCCUCAAUGUCUCUCAUAACCGACUGGAUACACUAGAGAAGGGUGUUUUUCAGUCCCCCGAGGCUCUAGAGGUUCUUCUGAUUGACAACAAUCCCUUGGUGUGCGACUGUCGUCUCAUGUGGAUCCUACAGAAAAGGCACUCCAUCUUCUUUGGAGAUUCGCAGCCGGAGUGCAGCACACCUGAAGGUAUUCGUGGCAGGCCUUUUAAGGAGUUUAAGGAGACUCUCCUGUCUUAUUACGUGACAUGUACCAAGCCAAAAAUCCGUGAGAAUAAAACCCAAACGAUCACUGUGGAUGAGGGCCAGCAGGCGAUGUUGCGCUGCAGUGCUGAGGGGACACCAAGGCCCAUUGUGUCCUGGUUGUCUCCACGUCGACGAGUUCUGACAAGUAGGAGCCAUGGUAGAGUUACCCUCCACAACAAUGGCACACUUGAGAUCAAGUCAGCAGAGGUGCAAGACAGCGGAGUGUACCUUUGCCUUGCCUCCAAUAGUGCUGGGAAUGACACCCUGAUGACUUCAUUGGCAGUGAAAAGUCUGGGAUCGCUGUACGCUAACAGGACCCAGUACUACACAGAUCCCAGCAAUACCACUGCCAACGGGACGGCCGGUGUGACCCUCGGUUUAGACCUAAAGACUAUUUUAGUGUCAACUGCUAUGGGUUGUUUCACAUUCCUGGGAGUGGUCUUGUUUUGUUUCCUGCUCCUUUUCGUUUGGAGCAGAGGUAAAGGAAAACAUAAAAACAACAUAGAUGUUGAAUAUGUGCCUCGGUCAAAGUCUAACGGCACUAACGUUGACUCGGCAGAGGGACAAGCUGGUCCUCGUCGUUUUAACAUGAAAAUGAUGUGACUUCUUUUAUAGAUAAAAGAUUCUGGAUUGUGGAAAUGCCUAAAGUACAAUGUAUUUUUUUGAAAAUCAGACUACUGAACUUCCCACUGCUGCCGGGAGAGUGGUAGUGAAUCCGUUUGGGACAUUGUAACAAAAUGAGAAGUACCUGAAAUCGUGGAUCUUGACAUAAUGCUUGGAUACUGUUUCAAAUACUGAAAGGCAUAGUAGGACAUCCUCUUAUAUAAUUGCCAGCGGGCAAUUUCUUCAACGUGGAUGAGGAGUGAAAACUAUUCUGCAUCUGAAGGAAAUAGGUGUCAUUUAUCAGCUUUUUGAAAUUUAUAUGCCCCAAAAAAAGAAUGUUUCAGUUUGGGGUUGGAUCUAUGGACUUGGCUGAACCAUGUACAUUACAAAUUUGUAUCUAAGCUAUUAACCUACUUUGUUUAGUCUUGCGCCAUGCUUAUUCACUGAACAAAUCAAUGAAACAGACCAUAAUUUCCUAUGUUCAAUACUUUGCAUAUGUGUACCUAAUGCUAAAUUAUGUAUUCAUAGCAAUAUUCAUGGGAUGCAUUAGCCAAAAUUGAUAUACCACAUAUGUUCAGCAAGAACAUUCUUCAGACUUUUGAAGUUCCCAUGGAUUCAGGAAGGGCUUCUAUGGGUGAUUAUCUGUCCCUGCUCCCCCAAUUGACUCCUAGAUAUUAAAAAAAAAUAUAUAUAUAUAUAUAUUAUUUAUCAAUGAAAAAAAGAAGAAAAAAGACUAUUUAUAAAAAAAGGUUGAGCAUUUUGCAAAAUCAGUUCUCAAACACUGUUCAGGAUCUAACAAAACACUUGGAUCAUCAUAUCAAUGACCCAGUGUUGGUCAAAGUACCUACAUGAACCACCUUUUUGUCCUGUUUUUGGCAUUUUUUAUUACUUUAACUGUACCUUUGCUGGUUGGCAAAAUACAAAUGUCAAUUUUACUAAAGUGACAUUUGCAUAAUUUUCCCCAGUAGAAAAUUUGGACUUUGUUGUGGUAGUUCCUCAUUUUGUUGUUGAAUCAUUUAGAUUGUGAACACUUCAAAGUAAAAGUUUUAAAAAAAAAUGUAUGUGAAAUAAAUGAAUAUGUAUUUGUACCAAUGACUCUGACUAAAUGGCUAAUACACAAUGAAAUAAUGUUCUCUUCAGCCUUACAGAUAUACAUCACAGUCUUGUAUUGAGUAAACAAAUGUAUGCUAGUAACACUGCAACAAUUACAUAAGGAAUUUGCACUUUAUUCAUGAAACUUAAUCUUUAGGUUUACAGAAACACUCACAUCAGAAGUGACAUGUCCACCAUUUGGUUCAACAUGAAAGUUUAUUUAAAAAUACUAGCUAUUUUGUUACAUUCAUAUACCAUACUUACAAAUAUCAAUAUCUCAAAGGAUGCUAACAUGGUCAAGUGAUACA